CAGAGAGUAUGAAAGCCUAUCUAAAGAGCGCAGAAGGCUUUUUUGUCCUGAAUAAAAGCACUACAAUUGGAAGGCAUGAAGAUUCAGACCUUGUUUUAGAGUCUGCAGACAUCGACAACCAUCACGCGCUCAUUGAAUAUAAUGAGGCCGAGAGCAGCUUUGUUCUCCAGGACUUCAAUUCCCGCAACGGCACGUUCGUCAACGAGUGCCACAUUCAGAACGUGGCUGUGAAGCUCUUACCCGGAGACAUCCUGAGGUUUGGGUCCGGAGGGCUGACCUACGAACUGGUCUUCGAAAACCCAGCCUCGGUCUCCUUCCCAUGGGUGAGGGGCCCAGCACCUUGGCCAAGGCCACAGCCACCUCAGGCCACCCAGCAACCGAACCAGUCACCCUCACCACCACAGACCCCCUUCCACCCGGCCAUCUGGCCAGCGCCAGUGCAGAGGAGCUGGUCCCAGGAGUUCCCCGGGCCCCCCAUGGUCCCACCUGCCUCCCACAAGCGGCCCGUGAGUGCCAGAGGGAAGAUGUUCUCCUUCGUGGUGGACAGAGCCGCCCACAGGGUUCCCAUCAUCAAGCAAGUGUGGACCAACGCCGUGGAACUGUCGGAACAAUCAGUGGCCGAGGAAAUUCCUGGCGCAGGGUCCUCCAGAGAAAUUUUUGUGGACCAGGACCUGGCCCAGCACGAUAAGGAUGAAAUAAUUCUGCUGCUGGGAAAAGAAGUCAGCCGUCUCUCGGAUUUUGAACUUGAAUCCAAAUACAAAGACACCGUGAUAGCAAGCCUGCAGAACAAAGUGGCCAACCUGAGCCAGAAGCUGUUGGAAGCAGCCGCCUCCAGGCAAAAGGAGAGGGUGAUCCCGCCCAAGUUUCAGGUUCUGCAUGAAGAGGACGAUGCCCGACAGAGAGAGAUCCAGAGCUUGAAAAACCAGAUCAGUGCCCUACAGCAAGGCUACAGCCAGGUGCUGUGCCAGACCCUGUCUGAGAGAAACUUAGAAAUCACAUCCCUGAAGAACGAGGCCAAGAACUUAAGGAGGGAUACCGCCAUCACAUCAGAGAUGGUGUCAUCUUUGCAAAGAGAUGUGUUAGUAAAGGAUGAUCAAGUUCAACAACUAAAACAGGAGGUGAAUCAACUAAAAAGUGAGAACAAAGAAAAGGAUCACCAGCUCGAAGCCCUCAGCUCCAGAUGCUCAGUACUGAAAGAAGAGUUACAGAAGGAAGAGGCCCAGAAGGAGCACUGGGAAGCCCAAGAGAAAGAGCUAAAACUCUGCAAAACCCAAAUCCAUGACAUGGAGAAAGAAAUGAGGAAGCUCAGGGAGGAGCUGAAAAGGAGCAGUACCGAGCAGAGCCUGAUCUCUAAGACGCUGCGGGAAAAGAGCAAGAGACGGCAGCUGGAUUCCAAGAGGGAGCUUUCCAAGGGAACCAAUGGGAAGCUGCAGGCCUUAGAAGUCACGGGCAUCGCUUCUCCUGUGCUUUUCCGGGUCCACUUUGAGCUGCCCUUGGCACUGGCACGCUAUGAAUACCUCCUGCGUCAUUAG